GAACAUGGCGGCCAUUGGCCGUUGAGUUAUCGGAACUGGAGUCAAGUCCACUUCCUCCUGCCUGUCAAGGAAGCCAGAAAGCACUUCUUGAGAAUUAAUUCCUCAUCUGGGAAGGGUGUAGGCCCCUCAUUCCAGGGCUUGGCUUCUAAGCUCUUUGUACCAGAGGGACCUCACGCCUCCCCUUUCUCCUGUUGGUCUCCAAAAUAGCAGAGACGACACCCCGUUUCCCUUCCGGAAAUGGUUUGUUCUCUCAUCGAGGCGCAGAGGUUGUUUUGGUUUUUUUUUCGAGAGAGAGCAUGCAUGGUGGUUGGGUGGUUGGAUGAGGAGGAAGGCCUGUGGCCAGGGACCCAGGAGAAAGGAGGAGCCUUUACUGAGGGGGGUUGAACCCUGUCUCCUCCCAGCCAGAGGGGCCAGGGAACCCCAGCCAAGAAGGGGUGCGGCACCCUGAGGCCCAGGUGAGAGCUUCAGCACACCCUGGUUUUGGAAUGAGGAAGGAGCUCCCCACUGGGUGACAGCCAGGGGCUGGCCUGUGGUUGAAGUUUCUUCCUCUGCACGCCUGCCUUCUAAGGGAAGCGGGUCUCCGUGUCUGAGCUUAUUCAUCCACACUGGGAAGAAGAAGGGGGGAAGCUGGGACGUUGGCUCUUACCUCUCCGUCUCUGGCCGGGUCCAGCAUGUGGUACCAUCUUCCUCCUCUUCCUCUUCUCGCUACCUCCUGCUGCUGAAAGACAAGCUAAGGCUCUGAAGAGACCCACGAAGGAGAGGGCACAGAAGGGCUCCCAUUCCUUCUCCCUUGGCCUCCAUCACUCGUUCCUGGACCCGGCAGAGCCAGAAGCUGUCCCACAGAGCUCUGUUGGCCGCUGGGGUGAUUGGGGAAAGGUAGGAUCUGCUCACUUGUGGGGAGGAAGGGCUCCCGGGAAUCCGGGAGACUCAGCAUGCUCUCUUAGCCCCUGCGACGGCUCCGAGCCUCCACGUUCCAGGGCCAUGGCUCGUUCUCUCAGCUGGCACUGCUGCCCCUGGUGCCUGACAGAGGACGAGAAGACGGCCUUAAGGAUUGACCAAGAAAUCAAUAAGAUUCUCAUGGAGCAGAAGAAGAGGGACCGAGGAGAGCUCAAGCUGCUCUUGUUGGGUACUGGGGAGAGUGGGAAGAGCACCUUCAUCAAACAGAUGCGAAUCAUCCAUGGGGCAGGCUACUCGGAGGAGGACCGCAAGGGCUUCACAUCCCUGGUCUAUCAGAACAUCUUCACCUCCAUGCAGGCCAUGAUCGAGGCCAUGGAUGCUCUGCACAUCCCCUAUGGCUGCCCUGAGAGCAGGCAUCACGCUGACCUGAUCAUGAACACGGACGCCUACAAAUUGACGACCUUUGAGAAGCAGGCCGUGGCCAUUAAGUGGCUGUGGAGAGAUGCGGGCAUCAGAGCCUGCUAUGAACGCCGCCGGGAGUUCCAUCUGCUGGACUCUGCCGUGUAUUACCUGUCCAAUUUGGAGCGGAUUACAGAAGAAAGCUACAUCCCCACAGCCCAGGACGUUCUGCGGAGCCUGCCCACAACUGGCAUUAACGAAUACUGCUUCUCCGUUCAGAAGACCAACCUGAGGAUCGUGGAUGUGGGUGGCCAGAAGUCUGAACGGAAAAAGUGGAUUCACUGCUUUGAAAAUGUCAUCGCACUCAUCUACCUGGCGUCGCUGAGUGAAUACGACCAGUGUCUGGAGGAGAACAACCAGGAGAACCGCAUGAAGGAGAGCCUGGCUCUGUUCGGUACCAUCCUGGAGCUGCCCUGGUUUAAGAACACGUCCGUCAUCCUUUUUCUUAACAAGACAGACAUCCUGGAAGAGAAGAUUCCUACCUCCCACCUGGCCUCCUAUUUCCCCAGCUUUCCUGGCCCCAAGCAGGAUGCAGAAGCAGCCAAGCAGUUCAUCUUGGAUAUGUACACAGGGAUGUACACAGGCUGCGGGGAGGCCAAAGGCUCAACAAGGAAGAGCUCCCGUUCACGACGGCUCUUUAGCCACUACACCUGUGCCACUGACACCCACAACAUCCGCAAGGUCUUCAAGGAUGUCCGGGACUCAGUGCUAGCCCGCUACUUGGAUGAGAUCAACUUGCUCUGACCCCUGUCCCCUCGGGGGAGCCAAGAAAGGGGUCCAGCUCCCAAGCACUGCACUUUAGAGGGCCCCGAGGUGGGGGAAGCCUCCUUUGCUCUCUCUGGCUGCUCUUAGUCCUCUCAAUGGCCCUUUGCCUUGUGCCCCAGGUCAACUGGAACUUGUCACCUUGGGUUCCCGGAAGGAAAUGUGGGUGGCAGAGUUUUAAGGAACAUAGAACGUCAAGGGAGUCAAAGAGAAGCCUUCAUGAAUACAAUGUUAAGAGUUGAAAGAACUGGGAAUGUCAGAGCUGGGAGAGACCUUAGAACAGGAAAUGUCAGGGCUGGAAGGGUCCUUAGAACAGAGGAUGUCAGAGCUGGGAGAGAGCUUAG